AUGCCGUAUGAUAGCGCCUCCGUCCCUGAGUGGACUCUCCUCAUGAAGAAAUGCACCUCCAGGAGAGUUCUUUCUUCGGACUUUCGAGACUACUCGAAGAUCAUGAUGCGCCGACACCCGAUCACCGCAAAGUCACUGGUCCGCAUUCUUCUGGAUGCGAGGCUGGAGUCGAACACCAUGUGGGAGCCACUGAUACCCCAAUACAUCGAUGUCUUGCAGAGACUGGGCUACCUGAAACUGCCUGAGAUCAUGAAGUUCCUUUUGCCGUAUUCGACUAUUCACUGCGAUACGCACCCCGCUGUGAAGCCGGAGAACGACGGCAAAGGCGUGAAGAGGAAAAGAAAGCCCUCAACUCUCAUGACCGAUAACAAGAUUAUUCAAAAUAUCAUCGCUGCUAUUUCCUUGAGCCGUGCGCCAAAGUCCACAUUAGAGGCGGUCGGAAUUAUAAGAGCCACUGCGGACUGGAUCUCUACGCUUCUUUCGUGGGAUCCUUACGGCGAUGAUCCAGAUGGUGUCAACUCCGGUGGGCUUUUAGGCCACCAGGAGGGUGCAUGCCUUUUUGGAAGUUUAGGCCUUCUGGUGGUUGCGUUGGCGGCAACAGAGAAAGGCAUAGGUGCACUGUCUUCUCUGUCUUUAAAGGAUCGAAAACUCGUUGGGGGAGCACUUACAUCUUACUCUUCUCUUUGUGCUGGGUACUCUCUCCCGUUGAAGAGCAGGCUCGAGGGAAUUCAGAAAGGCUUCAAUAUUUACCCGCAUGAUGGCGCCAAAAAAUCAGACGAAAUGAUUGGCGAUGUCGGCGUUGCGCUUCUACAGUUUGAAUCUAGCGUAGUCCAUAUUCCAACUAUAAGUUCUAGAGCUGGUCUCUACAUUUAUAUUAAUUCUUUACUGGCGGGGCGCCCAUUGUUUGAUGAUAUGAUGCUUCUUAACUACUUAAACAAUCGCUAUGGGGGAGAUCUCGUUUCUUUAGUUGAGGAACUUAUUACCGCUUCGUUUGAUGUUCUAUCAAAUGGGAUGUACCGAAAUGAAUCCAGCAAGACCAUGUUUCUAUUGAGAGCGUUUCUUGUCAACAAAUUACCCCCCUUUCUUGCAUAUGUGGUUGCCACAAUGGAGCCCAUAGAUGUGGAGCGGUGUAUUACCCAUGCUUUAGCCCGCGUCGAUCCAAAUACAUUCCCUUCAUUCUCAGCAACGUUUUCAAUGCCGGCAAAUUCAGUCCUUUCAGACGUUAGACAAGAAUUUCUGUUUUCUUGCGCUCUCCACAAGCUUAUUCCCGAGUCAAGCAUCGAGCGUUUAUUGGGCGAGAACCCAAUGCAAACACUGCCGGUCGGUGGCCAAUUCAUAAAGAACGACCUAAUCGCGCAAAUGAAUGCCAACCCAGAGCGUGCAGAGCAACUUCUAGGUGGAGUUGAAGCUAUGGAGGGAAAUGCUGGGGCUAUUGUUGAAGCUAUCACUGAAUUUAUGCAAAGUUUAUGCUUAAGAAAAGAAACGAUCACGCUGAAAAAUAUCUGCAACUCGCUAUCCCGCAGAUCUCAAGUGUUAGACAUAAUGCUUCUGUUCAAAAGCCCUAUUGCGAUAUUGGGGCCCCUCUGUUCACUGUUGGAUGCUUGGAAAUGGGAAGAAGACCACGGAGAAUGCCAGCCAGUUUAUGAUGAGUUUGGAAGUAUACUGCUGUUGGUCCUUGCUUUUAAGUAUAAAUAUAAUCUAACGCCGCUGGAGCUGGGAAUCAGCUCCUCUAACUCGUUUACACUACGGCUACUUGAGGGUGGUGCUUCCAGCCAGCGCCUUGAGGAUUUAACAGAUAGCCAGAAACAAAACCUCGGUGCCUGGAUUACCGCACUGUAUGUUGCAGAGGGAAUUAGUGACGAGUCGAUGUCCUCAUGCAGUCCACAGGAGUUUUACCUUCUCGUUGCUACUCUGUUCAGCCAAAGCCUGGCUGCAUGCCAGGUUGGGAAAUUAGAAUUUGAGACACUUAAGGGAGGGUUUGAAUUAGGAAAAGAUCUCUUGGAACCAUUCCUUCUGCCAGCACUGGUAAUGGCACUGAGUUGGCUUGGAAACCAUAUUUGGGAAUCUGAAAGUGACCUGGAUACCUCACUAAAAAUACUACACGGUCUUGUGCAACCAGCUUCUAUCUCCGGAGAGGCACAGGAAAUCCAUCGUACCGUAUUAUCGAUAACUUCGCGAGCAUUGGAGUCAACUCUAAAAGAUAUUUCGACGAGGCAUCCUUCUCGAACUGAUGUAAAGCCGAUUAUGGAUGUGCUCGAGCCUUAUCAGUCUUUUCAGCGAUCUGGUGCCACCCAACUACCCGAAUUGGAUACCUGGAGAGCCAAUCCAGCUGGGGGAGGUUUGGUGACUAGCAUUCGAAAUACCUUUUCUUCUCUCGUCUUAUGGAGCUCGGAUCCGGAAAUCAGCAUGGCUCCCCCUAGUUACACCCAUCGCCAGAUUCUGGCUGGAAUUGGGCAUGUCGGCUCGUAUAGGGUACUUCAAGGACUAAUUGACGAGCUAAAGCUGCAAUCAGAAACAGGAAGUGCAGAUCUGGCGUUCGACAUCGCGACAACGCUCAUUUGUGCUCCAACAGCGGAGUCCUUUUCAGCGGAGCAGAGUUUACAGCGAAACAUCAACGGCAACAAAUAUCAGUACAAAUAUCUAACCCUACGUGAUGCGCUUGCUUUACUUCGGGAAUCCCUGCCGAAAUUGAUCGAAUCAGACCCCCAUCGUGCAGAAUUGAUAGUACGCCUUCAACGUCGUGUGGAAACACUAUGUUCCAUGUCACAACUACCACCUGCAGGCGUUGACGUCGGCAGCAUUAUGGAAAAUAUCAACCUUGAAGCUGUUGGCGAAACCGCAGAUCCACAUGAUCAGCAGCAGCAGCAACAGCAACAACAGCCCAACGAGUCUGACGCAGCCAACAUUAUUGCAGCAGGAGGUGAUACCACCAAGAACCUCGAGGCCAUGCUCGACGCGGCAGUUGGCGAGUCAGCCGCCAACGAAGGGAUAGGGCAAGAUUUAUUUGCGACUGGGGUUGGAAAUGGGGAAACGGACCCGAUAGAUGAUGUGUUUGGAAUGAUGGACAUGGCGAAUCCGGAGUUCAUCGAUUUAGAUAUGGAAGGCAUGUUUUAG